ACCAAGAGAUCUCUCGUGAACCCUAUCAAGUUACCGAGACAGUUAUACUCCGAAGGAACACUCACACUCGCUGCUGACUACAAUGGCGGGAUCAGCUUCGAGUGCCUCUGCGGAAGGCAAUGGUGGGGAUGAGGUGUCUUUGAAAGAGAAGGGUAAUGAGUUCUUCAAAGCAGGGAACUACCUUAAAGCUGCUGCUCUAUACACUCAGGCGAUCAAGCUCGACCCUUCAAAUCCUGCUCUUUAUAGCAACCGUGCUGCUGCAUUUUUGCAAUUGGUUAAGCUUAAUAAAGCGCUUGCUGAUGCUGAGACAACAAUCACAUUGAAUCCCCAAUGGGAAAAAGGUUAUUUCAGGAAAGGAUGUGUAUUAGAGGCCAUGGAACGGUAUGAUGAUGCCUUGGCUGCCUUCCAAACAUCUUUACAGUACAAUCCACAGAGCACUGAGGUUUCUAGAAAGAUUAGACGGAUAUCCCAAUUGGCAAAAGAUAAAAAACGAGCUCAAGAAGUGGACAGCAUAAGAUCUAAUGUUGACCUGGCAAAGCACUUGGGUACAUUAAAAUCUGAAAUGUCUGAAAAGAUUGGGUCUGAAGAAUGUUUAAAAGAAAUUUUCUCUUUCCUCAUUGAAACAAUGGAGACAGCAGUAAAAUCAUGGCAUGAAACUUCUAAAGUUGAUCCUAGAGUCUAUUUUCUUCUUCAUAAGGAAAAGACAGAGACUGAUGAAUAUGCUCCAGUUGUCAAUAUUGACAAGGCCUUUGAAUCGCCACAUACACACAGCGAUUGUUUUACAUUUCUUAGACAGUAUGCUGAGAAGUCUUUCUCAAAAGCAGCUUGCUUAGUGGUGCCAAAAAGUAUCAUAUCUUAUCCCCAGGUGUGGAAAGGUCAAGGAUCAAGGAAAUGGAAGUAUGGACAACAUGACGGCUUCUUCGUUCAACUUGAGUCGCCUUUCUUGCGAAAAUUGUGGUUUAUUCCUAGCACCAGUGAGAAGGGUCAAACACUCUGCAGGGAUCCAGAGCCUCUAGACAUUAGCGCACAUGAAGUACUUCCACGCUUGUUCAAAGAGAAGCUGCCCAACUCUUAGCAAAUUCACACCUCUUGUGUAAUAUAUUUUCUGAGGAGAAGGAAUGUGCAAUUUGAUGGGAGAGUUGCGUAUGAAGAAGACGAACCAGGCCCAUAUUUUGACUUGACUAUGCUAUUGGAGCUCCUGGAUAAACUAAUCACCUUCAACAAGGUGAUUUUUUGUAGCCAAAGUGAUGUAUUCAAUUUUUUAUAUGUAUGUAAUGGAUUGUUGAUAAAAUAUAGACAAGCAGCUAUAUGAAAUAUCAAAGAGGAGAAGAAUCAAGCAAAGACAAAUACUCAUCACAUGGUUAGCUAGUAUUUAGUAGGUUUUUUCGUGUUGAUUGAAAUCGGAAAUAUGUUCAAUUCGUAGUUUCAUUUUUAAGAGUUCUUGACAGAUGCUUGC